AUAUUGUCAGAACUGUCAUUUCGUGUGUGUGUGUUUACCAUUUUGAUAAUUAUACAACUUUACUAGUGUCUAUUCAGACCAUGCAUAUACAUUCAUUCAGUCUGAUUGUACCAGAUGGCGUAACUAUAGUAUUAGUUAGAUGUUCAUCUCAGAUCUUCAGGCACUCUGGAUAUUUUGACUUGUCCACCUGCACCUACAAAUUGUCUUAAAGAAAUUGAAAAACCAGGACUGGGAGACAUGAUAGGGUAGCCUACUUUAGCACUUGUAACACUGCAGAAUGCGAAGGGCUAACUUAAUACACCGUCAAAUAAAAAUUCCAGGUAGGGGAGUGCACACGUUAAAACAAACGUUGGAUGCUCGUCAAUGCCAUAUAAAAGUUUCUUGGUGGUUGUAACCAGGGCCGAAGUCAGAAAUUAAUUUCAAACUCGUUAUUGUACUCCAUAGCCCUCCCAAUUAUUAUUUUUUUUUUUGGGGGGGGCAAACCCCCUGAAUAGGAUGCCCAUGUAACACAAUACACAUCCUUUAAGAAGAAAACUGGAGACACCAGUUCACCUAACUCUGCAUGACUAAGAAUGCAAAUAUAUUUCAUUUAUUUCGAAAAAGUGAUAGGUAAAAGCCUAGAAUGUUCUAUAAAAUACUGCAAACGCAUAAGGUUCUAGGGAAAUCAUUUAAAUGAAAACUCUGAUCUUAGUCUAUUUGUAUAUUUUUAGAACACGUGUUGCUAUUGUUUUCUCUACUAAAAAAAGCGCGCUUUUUUAAGAGUUAUCGUACGUUCUUACGUUAUGACGUAACCGAUGACUGGCACGCAGUCACGCGUGUGGUGAGUUCCUGCGCUGAAUUCAAAAGUGCAGGAGUAGAUCACGGUUUGUUUACCAAAUUCUACUUUUGAAAUUACUAUAUUUAGAAUGUCAGAUUUAAAUGCUAUUUCGGCUUUUAAAAGUGAAGUUGCGUCUAUUUUGGACGCAUUGGUUAAGGUUGCUACGGUAGACAUUAUCAAACUUUUCGAGGGUCGUUUCAUAAUAUCUCAUGGUGGUGGUCUAGCGAGUAAUCCGUCUCCUUGCGAAGACGCAGAGACAGAGUGUGACUGGAGGGAAGUCGGAGGAAGGAGUAACCGCACUGUGGCCGUGCAGGUCGGAGGAUCGGAAAGAAUGGAAAACGCCCUGGUGCAUAAGCAGAAGUGUCCCAGUGCUGAAGCUCAAGAUGGAUUUUUUUUGGAAAACUGUGCCAGUGAGGUACCUCUACCUGGGAACGUUAUUGAGAUCACUGACUGCGACCAGGAUCCAGUUGACAUCAAAGUUGAAUGUGCUACGUUCGAGUGGACAGACCCCUACUCCUUAUCGGUCAAGCAGGAGAUGGUGGAAGAUGAGCGUUGGAUCAGUGGUGUACAGGGAAAGGAGGCAAGCAAAGCAGAAGGUUCCCCUGAAAUGACCGUUGUUGACCUGGGUGCGUCUGUGUCCAUCCUGGGUGAGACCUACGUAAUGACCCUGUCGGCAGACGGCCUAGAGGGGAAUCGCACGCUUUCCGGGGAAAAGGAUGAACCUGGCAUGCAGAGCAAAGAUGGCAAAGGUCCCCCGCAGCUCACGCCGUACUGGGUAGCCGAAGACCCUCCCAGUGCUUCGUUAGACAGCAGCCAUGGCAUAGGUUACGUAGCCGGGGUUAGCUAUGAGCCGGAUCCCACAAAGAAGGUUAUUGUCAUUCCCAUGCCCGAUUUAACCAGCCCACAUGGAAAAGAGACCGAGACUGAAUCCUCUCACACUGCAUCCAGCUUGGGCGGCAGUGUUGGAAGCGGAACCUCGGCAUGUACCUCAUCUUGCUCGAGCAGCCCCGAUGUGCUGCAGAUGCCUCCAGAUCCGGAGGCUGGAAGCGGGAUGGGGAUGAACUCCUCCGAGCUGCUCAGUCUGUUAAAGCCGUGCUCAGUGCAGUUAGUCAAUGUGAUGUCAAGCUCAGAAAUGGGCACCAAGAGACAGAUAUCUAAGUGUGGGAAGCAGGGAAAUGUGCCGAAAGACCUCCGCGUGCACCAGGGCCUGCACACAGGGAAGAGGCUCUGCUGUUUUACAUACUGUGGGAACGGCGUGUGGCGAGUGCACGGCGUCCCGAGCCAGGCGAAGUACUACGAAUGCGAUAAGUGCAACAAGAAAUUCAGGCGCAGGAAGAUGCUGAAAAGACACCAGCGCUUCCAUACGGGAGAGAGACCGUACUCCUGCCCAAAGUGCCUGAAGAAAUUCACGCUGCGCAAGAGCCUCCGACGGCACGAGAGGUUUCACACGGGCGAGAAGCCGCACACGUGUCUCGUCUGCGGGAAAACUUUCCGUCUGCGUGAAAGCCUCAGGUGUCACAUCCGCUUCCACACGGGGGAGAGACCCUUCGCUUGCUCGCUGUGCAAGAAACAAUUCAGGGUCCUUAGAAAUCUUGACAAACACCUGUUUACACACAUAGGUGUUAAUGUAGACCAAGCCAAGCCUUGUGCAAAAGGAAACGUGAUUUAAAAUCAGGGAUUAAAAAGAAAAUUCUUUUUUUUUUUUUUUUUUUUGCUUGCAUUGAUUUGUCAUGAGUGGGAACAAUUGACCUAGAUAUGAAUUGUGCUGAAAUGAUUCAUACCGGUUUUACUUUUUCUGUAAUUUCUGUUUAUGGCAUUGCCAUUUUAAUUGUGCUGACUAGCAGUAUAACAUUCACUGUACAUUUUACAAAUGAGAUGCAGAGCAUUUUUUUGCGUUUGUACACUGAGCACACCAGGCUCUUCCUGGUUUGUCAGAAGUAGCUGCAUGUGUGAAUAAUGCCUGCAGUCAUUUCUAGUUCCGGAAUAGACCUGUUUGAGUCACAUUUUUAGGUUUUGUCUGCGUGCUGAUGCUUGGCCAGGAGAGGGAGCUCUAGGACUGACCGGUAUCUGUUAAAUCUCCUUGUCUUAGUUACAUCACUGUUAUAUCGUUGCCAACAAAGAUGUAUUUUUUUUUUUAUUUGAACAGAACUCUAGUUCUAAUGGAGCUCCUGAAUGAGUUGCAGAUUAAAUACGAAUAGGCUUACCUCGUCUUUGCUUAAGACCAGUUUUGUCGACAAUCAUAGCUCAUUGUUCGCAUGAGCUGUAUGACAGCAUUACCCAGUUCUGGUGCUAAAGGGCCAGAAUCCAACAGGUUGCAGAUUUCCCUGCUAAAACACGUCUUGCUUAGCUAAUUACCAGUUUUAGUAGGUGCAUUUGAACAGGAACAUUUGCAGACCGUGUAGGAUUCUCGCCCUCCAGGAGUGUAAUUGGGGAACCCUGUCCUGUUCAAUCUGGCAGUUUGCCUAGCUUUAUGUCACCAAAAUGAUUUUCAUUGUUCCUCUGUGCAUACUGGGUCAUGCAGGCCUGGACAGGGAGUAUAAUUUAGCCCACGGCAGUUUGCCAACUGGGGAGGAAUCCCCUGAUAACUUUUGCCGAGUGAUGCAUUUUGCCGACUGCAGGGAUUCCCUCGAUAAUUUCAAAAAUGAUUAUUAUUUUCCCGGCACACACACCCCCAUCGGCCCACCGGGAAAAUGCCCGAUGGCCCAGUUCUCUCUGGUCCAUCCUCAGUCCACCACCUGGGCAGUGGUGGCCCUUCUCACAAGGACUUUCAUCUGCAGGAUGCAAAAUGAUGACGAGUCAGCAGGUGUGUGUUAAAGCAGUGCGUGUAUUACCUCGGCCAUGAGGCGCUGCACACGGUCAGUGUGGGCCGUCUACCGAAAACCACAAAGUACUGAAUGAUGGAUAUGUGAUUUUGGGGUGGAAGUGGCGGUUGGAAGUAUCGGUAUUUCUGUCCUGUUAGGACUAACACGCUUACGGAGCUGCAUUUUCUUCCAAGUGCCUGGAUAAAACUGAGAACACUGAAGAGGAAAUCGGCAGUCAGCCAAUUACACUGAAUGAUAAUGCAGUGCUUUUCACUUUAUUGAAAAUUGACUUUUUUUAUGUUUAUUUGGGCAGUUCGCAUAUUAGAAAUGUAGCUUUUAUACUUGUUCCAAGCUUAUCUCAUUUUAGACUUUAUUCUGUAUGUUGUAUACAAGUAUGACUUUAACUGAAAGCCUUUUGUAUUGCUUAAAACAUUGAAUAAAAGGAAUAAAAACA